AUGAACAUUUCCUUGUCUUUUCUCAUAUUCUCUAUUCUUUUCAUCUAUGAAAUAAGUGCAAAAAGUGGUGGAAGAGGCGGUGGUGGAGGAGGUAGAGGAGGGGGUGGAAGAGGUAGCAGUGGAUCGAGAAGCGCCUUUUCAAGAUCCGGAUCUUCUGGAGGGGGGAAAUAUCAUUCUAGCUCAAGUCAUUCCAAUUACAUCAACUACGAUUCCUCCUCGUUCCGUUCCAGUGUUUUCAACCCAUCAACAUCUAAAACAUAUUUCAGUACGGGAACUACCACUAACACAUUUGUUAUCAAUCAGCCAGCUACACCAAUCAUAUACGAUAACCAUUAUUAUUACUGGCACGGGCACUAUCACAGCCACCCAGAAAAGAAAACAUAUUGUGAAUAUGCAAUAAGUGAGGAAGAUGGGGAGCUGUACAAUGUCACAUAUGAAAACGGAACAAGACCGAAAUAUUUGACGUUUGGAUGUGGGAGUUAUGAGAAGUGCUGUGGAUUGUCGUGUUGUAGUUCGAUUGGAGAUUGGAUGGCAUUAUCAAUCUGGUUCUUGAUCUUCUUCUUGGCGUGCUGCUUCGGCUCCCGCAAUAACUAA